AUGGUGUAUGAAAUUUGCAUACAGAACGACUCAAAUUACUGUGAAUUAUUGUACAACAAUAUCACUAAACUGAUUUCACAAUUUAUAUUAAAUAAUUUACAAUUAAGAACUAGUGAUGAUGGAGAGAAAAGUGUGGCUCAAGAAUCGGAAUCCAUCGAUAUUGAAUCGUCUGAAGAAUAUAGUAAAAUCUCACUACUCAUAAUUGAAUAUUGGAUAAGAUAUAACAACUUUAUAAAAAUAUUAAAUGGAAUCUUUUCAUACCUAAAUCGCUUCUAUGUCCAAUUAUCAUUACAACCUAACAUUUACCAAUACUCGCUCGCAAUAUUUCAGCUCUACAUAUUCCAGAGAUAUAAAGGAUGUGUGAGGCGCUAUUUGUUAAAUUUGCUGGAUAGAAGAAGAGUAGGCGAUGAGGUGAACAAUUUACACGUGACACUGAUAAUUGACAUGUAUAAUAAGUUGGACUCGACAAAUGGACUCCAGUUUAUAGAAGAACUGGAGCCGUACAUAAUAAAUAACUACAGUAACUACUAUAACACAAUAUCUAAAGUUUAUAUCAACGACUUCAGCCUCUCGGACUUCAUAACGAUAAUUGACUCGAUUCUGAAUGAUGAAGUGGAGUACUAUAACAAGUACAUUUGUAACAACCAUAAGGUCCACGAUGUUAUUAUAAACAAUUUACUCUACAAUAAUCAGACUAGAAUAAAAGAGAAGUUGAAGGAUGAGUUGCCAGAAUUGUUGGAAAGUUUCAGAAUAGAAGACCUGAAGUUGAUAUAUAAAUAUGUGUCAAAACUGGAAAAUGUAAAUGAAAUUAUAGUUAGCACAUUAACUAAAUUUGUUGAUGAUUUGAUUAAUAAGAAGACAUCCAACUCAGAUAAUUGUAUGGAAUAUGAAGUAAUAAGUGUAUACAACAAGUACUUGAGGUUGAUUAAAACUUGUUUUGAAGUAUUCUUGAAUUCUUAUAAUAACAUUUUCACAAAAUAUACAAACAAGGAGUUGAUCUCAUACAUUAUUAAGCAGUUCCACAACAUUUUGAUGGAUAGUUGUUACACUGAUUUGACAUUUGAUAAUGAAGAUUCUAUGGAUUUGGACGACUCAUUUGAUAAAAUGGAUAUAAACUGCUAUAUAAAGUACUAUAAUAACGUAAUUGUUGCCGAUGAGUAUUUUGUGAGAGAAUAUAAGGCGUAUUUGCUCAAGAGGAUGCUGAGUGAUCGGAUAAACUUGAAUAACGAGGUUAAUGUGCUGAGAAACCCAGUGAUAAACACAAUCUUGAGUGAUUUUAAGAGGUCAAAUAUGAUGAAUAUGAGUUAUGAGAGUAGUGGUAAAGUGCCUGGAAACAUGUGUGUACUUUCAAGCUUUAAUGUUAAUGAUGUUCUGGAUAAGACUAACUCUCAAUUAAUAGGGGAAUCUACAUCAGGGGAAAAAUUAAGUAGGAUGGAAACACCACGUGUAUUUGGAACAUUGGAAGUAAGUGAAGGAGUUCAAUUGAACACAAUUUUCUCAAAUGAACUUGAGAAUUAUAGGGAAUAUUACAAGACAGUAAACAGGUUCAAGGAUUUAAGAUACGUGUAUACAAAUGUUGUUUUGGAGUAUGGAACAGUAACAGUCGAGUGUAAUUUAGUACAGGCAACAAUAUUGUUGUUAUUUAACGAAGUAAAUGAACUUAAAGUGGUUGAGGUUUGUAAAAUAUUGGAUGUACAGGAGGCACAAGUUGAGAAAAUUGUAAAAUCCACUAGUGGUAUUUUAAUGCAAGUAAUGGAUUCCAUAAGACUUAAUACUCAAAAUUUAACUAGCAAUAUUAACAUUAAUCCAAAUGAUCCUGUUAAAGUACUAAGUAAGGAUUCUGGAGUAUUGAGUAAAUUAAAUGGAGUUGGAGUUAACAAGGUAUUCCAAGAUGAAAGCGCAAUUGACUGUAAAAUAGUAAGGAUAAUGAAGGAUCGCAAAAGUAUAAAUUUGAAAGAAUUGAUAGAAUUAGUAUCGGAACAAUCAAUAGACCCAGAGGUAUCCCAAACAAAUAUUAAUGGAAUAUUAUAG